AUGGAGGUCGCUAUUGAACGUUUCCAGCGCUGCAGGAGCUAUGUUUAUUUCGCUUUGUUCCGGGACAAUGUGGACCGAGCUGACUUUCAAUGUAGCAACUGCUUGCUUGCGGAGGACUACAGGGGCGAAGUGGCUACUCUUAGCAAGCAAGUAGCAAACCUACACAAGCUACUGGGGAAUCCACGCCCGCCUACUUUUUAUUUUUCUUCCACCCCAGUAGCCAGACGCCGCUCUGGUCUGGUGGAAGUGUCACCGCCGUGUCGGCUCUCCACAGCUGACUGGCCGGUGCUCAGCAGGGUUCCAUCCCCCCUUUUCUGGAGAACGGAGCUGUUCUCGACUCAAACAACCAGCCAUGGAGAUACGUCACUCGCCGUGGAAAUCGAAGAAAGCGUCCUCUGGCAACGUGGGUCUCAUUGGAGUUGUUAAGCCCGGACCUGACACGGCUUUGCCGCCCUGGAUCGGAUACGGAGGUACCUGCGUCUUCGUCCUCUGUUCUGUCUCCCUCUCC